AUGACUAAACCAUGUGCUGUGUUUUGGGAUAUUCAAAAUGUUGGAAUACCAAGAGGACAAUCAGGUAAUUCAAUCAUUAGGCUGAUUAGAUCAAUUAUAACUAAACCUUACAAUUUAAAUGAAAUAUUAAUAAUAUUUUUCCUUUGUGUCUGUGAUGUUAAUAAAUUGCCUUCAAAUGUUGGCCAGCCAUUAACAAACUUGGAUGUUGAUAUUGUUCAGGCUUAUAAUGGAGUUAAGGAUUCCGCUGAUAUUAAAAUAGUGGACUUGAUGAGGAAAUUCGUUGCCGUUGCUGGACAAGAUUGUACAAUUAUACUGUUGAGUGGUGAUGCUGAUUAUUAUGGUACUUUGAGUGAUCUAAAGAAGCUUCAUAAUGUAUCAAUUUAUCUUAAUGGAUUAGAUGAUUCAUACUCACUUAUACUUGAUCAAAUAUCUGAAUACACAUUUGUGUUGACUAGUGGUGUAUUAAAGCCGAUUAAAUCAACCAGUGUACUUCAUAUCAAUCAAUAA